AUCGGACACRCAUCAUGCUUUUCUUCAUUCUGCUGAUUUAUUUUCUGCCAAGUUCAACUUGCUCAGAGCUGCUGAGCCGUCAAAAGAGGAAUUGGAUCAUCGACUCCUUUGAGAUCGAAGAGGAGCAUCCAGGACCAUUCCCCUACGUCCUGGGCAAGAUAGAGAUUGAACGCAGAUAUUUGGUCUACUUUGAUCUGUUCGGCGAAGGAGUGGAUGAAGAACCGGAAGGUGUCCUUUCCAUUAAUAAGAAAGAUGGGGUGAUUUACGUCCACAAGCCUGUGGACUAUGAGAAGAAUCAGAAACUCAUGCUACAUUUUGAAGCCAAAACAAAUGAGUUCACAGUCGACACUCGAUUAGGAGUCGAGAUCCAAAUACGAGACGUCAACGACAACCCCCCARUUUUUUUUAGAGAUGUGUAUGAAAUCACUGUUAACGAGGAUCUCCCACAAGGUUCACCUCUCCUGACCGUGCGGGCUCAUGAUAAAGACAAGAGCCAAACAUUAAACUCUACUUUCCACUACAGCAUCAAAUCUGUGUUCCCCAACUCUCCAAACACAGAGUUCUUUGUUAACGAACAUGGACUGAUCUCCUUUAAAGGAUGCUUGGAUUAUGAGGCAGGUGACAAGCGUACAGUUCUGGUGGAGGCCAUAGACCAUGGUGACAAAGUCAGYCUGUCCAGUUCAACCACUGUACUCAUCCAUAUCCAAAGUGGCAACAACCACCUUCCAGUCAUCAGCGGUCAAACGGGUUCUGGCAAAGUGAAUGAAAAUGAGUCUGGGACUUCUCCUUUGAGGGUCCAUGUGAAGGACAAAGACCCCAUCCACAGCAAGGCAUGGAGAGCCAAAUACAAAAUAAAUAAUGAUAAGGGCAGGAACUUCAAGAUAGAGACAGAUCCAGAAACCAAUGAUGGUAUCCUGACUGUGGUAAAGUCAAUGAACUAUGAAGAAAAUGCAACCAGAGAGCUAGAGAUCUUGGUUGAAAACGAAGUGCCAUAUUUCUUCUGCAAAGUGAAGCAGAAGACGAAGGAGGGUCUWUGGAAUGUUGAAACCAGUAAAAAUGGAAAACCUCCAGUUGAUGAUGGUCAGCCCCAUUCAACAAAAGUUGUCAUACAAGUAGAGGAUGUCAAUGACCCCCCAGUGUUUAAGGUGACCACCCAAAAUGCCAUGCUGGAGGAGAAUGUACCRAUUGGAACAUGGGUGAAGAAAGUGACAGCUGUGGACCCGGACUCCGGUUCAGGAAAAGGCAUUAUUUACAAAAUAGCAAACGAUACUGCAGGCUGGUUGAAGAUCGAUCCCAACACCGGCGACAUCACCACCGUACAGAAACCUGACAGAGAAUCUUCUCAUGUUGUUAAAGGCAUAUACACUGUAUCAGUGUAUGCAGUGGAUAAUGGUAAGCCACCUAUGACAGGCACAGCUACACGUUUCACAGCUGGUUUGGUGAAGGAGCCUAGUAUUGGGGCUGGCUUUUACACAAUUGAUCUGAAGAUUUCAGACCUGCAGGGAGUGUUUAGUGUUCACAGACUUAAUGUGACUGUGUGCACAUGCUUGGUAUCACGCAACUGCCAGGAUCGAGUUAGUAAGACAGCAUCUGGUGGGGUUGCUGUUGUCAUAGCGUUCCUUGUGCUGGCUUUACUAUUGGCUCUGCUGCUGGCGGCAUUUGUCAUGUCCUGUGAAGUGUUCACAGAAAUUCAACAAGAAGUUCAACAAAAAGGAAGUCUUGAGAUAUACAAUGAUGAGAAACAAGGAACAGACUGCAAGGUAGAAGAUGCUGUGCCAUUUUUGCCCAACAACCAAAAGCUUGAUGAUCUUGACUCACUGAUGAAACAGAAGCAAUUUAACAUUAGACGAAUUUUAAUAGAUGAUGGCCCAGUUGUGUUCCUAAAUCAAAGGCUCCACAAUUAUGACUCAUUGGUCAUGCAGAACCAAUCUGAGUCAACGAGCUGGGACUUUCAGAGAUCCUUUGCCUACUGGUGUGAAGACAUGGAAGCAAAGAAUGCCCUUUACCAUUGGAACUGUAUUUACCCACAUCUGACAGCUCUAGUUCAACAGAGGCUUUUAUCUCUCGAUGACGCCGAAACUGAGAUGCCCAAUGAGUCCCAUUCGUAUGCAGAAGAAGGAGACGCUGACGACCUCUCCGAUCUAGAUGACAUCGCUUUUCCUGAAGACGAUCAAGAGUCGUUUCAGAAGCUGCUGGAAAACUUGGGCCCAAGUUUCAGAAAACUGGCUUCCAUUUGCGAACCACAACAAAACCACCACAAGAGUCUCCUUUGAUGGCAGCGUGCCAUUUAAUAGCAUGUACACCUUCUCAC